GAAGCCGAGCAGGGACACCACGGCACCGCGGGCACACCGGCCGAGCUGCAGCGACUCCUCUGCACAGGACCGGAGCGUCAAGAAGCGCAGGACACCCGUGGGGAGCUCCCGCUUAGCCGAAGACGAGGAGGCGGAAGAAACAGGGGGAGAGAGGGGGGCAGCUACUCUGAAACUACCGUGAGGAAUUACAGGGAGCCAGCGCCACGGCAGCUUUCACCCAGAAGUUGACCUACAGAAGACAAUAUGCUGAUGUCCUGAGCUGAGGGAGCCCUGACUUCAUCCUCAUCCUUUCUCUUGUCUCAGUUUGUUUCACCAAACGGGAUCAACUCCGCAUCAGUCAGCGAACACCAACCACCACCACCUCCACCUUUUCCCCAUCCCCUCCUGCCCAGCCUGCCACCACCAUGACGUCGGAGCUGGAGAGUAGCCUGACCUCCAUGGAUUGGCUUCCUCAGCUGACCAUGCAGGCGGCCAUCCGCAAGGCAGACGCUCAAAAUGCCCAUGGGCCAGGCAUGGGCAAGAAAAGUGCCCUACUGGAUCCUAACACCACGUUGGACCAGGAGGAGGUGCAGCAGCACAAGGACGGCAAGCCGCCCUAUAGCUAUGCCAGUCUUAUCACGUUUGCUAUCAACAGCUCGCCAAAGAAGAAGAUGACUCUGAGCGAGAUCUACCAGUGGAUCUGUGAUAACUUUCCCUACUACAGGGAGGCAGGCAGUGGCUGGAAGAACUCAAUACGGCACAAUCUGUCUUUGAACAAGUGUUUUCUCAAAGUGCCUCGCUCCAAAGAUGACCCUGGAAAGGGCUCUUAUUGGGCCAUCGACACCAACCCAAAGGAGGAUGCCUUGCCUACACGGCCAAAGAAGAGGCCGCGUUCUGGAGAGCGAGCUUCCACGCCGUACAGCCUGGAGUCUGAGUCUUUGGGGAUGGAGUGUAUGAUCUCUGGAAGUGCCUCUCCAACGCUGGCAAUCAACACUGUGACUAACAAGGUGGCAUUGUACAACACAGACCAGGAGGGGAGCGACAGUCCUAGAAGCAGCCUUAACAACAGCCUGUCCGAUCAGAGUCUGGCUUCUGUCAAUCUCAACAGUGUGGGCAGUGUGCACAGCUAUACACCGGUGACCACUCACCCAGAGCCCGUGUCCCAGGCUCUGAGCCUCCAGCAACCCCCACAGUACAACAUGCCAGACAGGGACAAGCAGCUCCUGUUCUCUGAAUUUGAAGAUCUCAGUGCCUCCUUCCGCAGCCUUUACAAGUCUGUUUUUGAGCAGUCCUUCAGCCAACAAGGUCUCAUGGGAAUACCGUCAGAUUCAUCCCAGCAGACCCACACCUCCUGCUCCUAUCAACACUCCCCCAGUGGCACCAUAAGUACACAGAACAACCUGUCAAACAACCAACCCAACAACCACCCCAACAGCCACCCCGCCAACAGUGGCCAGGUGCCCCUGUCCCAUCCUGCCCAAGCCCACCCUGGCCAUGGCUCGCCCCAUGCGCCGCACCUCCCGCAGCUCGGUGGCCCCCACAACCAACACAGCCAACACGCUCAGCACAGCCAACACAGUCAGCACCAACAGCACUCCCAGCACCCCCAGCAUGCUGCUCAUUCCCAGCACGGGCAGCACCCAUCGCAACAUCCGUCCCACGGCCAGCACCCGCAGCAGCACACGCCGCACCCCUCCCAACACACGCAGCACAGCCAGCACCCUCCUCAACACGGGCAACAGCAUCAGAGCCUCUCCCACCAGCCCCAUCCUACCCAGCAACAGAUGGCCUGCAACACAGGUUUACUGUCUGACUGGUAUCCAAAUCUGGAUGCACUGAAAGAAAGCUGCCGUAUUGCUAGCAGCUACAACUGGGCUGAUGUCGACCUUUCACCUUUCCAAGGUUUAAGAGACAGUAUGAGACAAGCUGAGUUGAACAACUGGUCCCUGGAGCCCACCCAGAUCGCAGACCUCUGCUCGUCCAUCAAUCAGUUUUUUGCCCGUACCGGUGUAAUCCAGCCACAGGGGGCAGUGCAGCCCUCAGUUUGCCUCGGCUCCAUGCACCCCAGCAAACCCAGCCAGCACCUCAACACAGGAAAUCUCUACAUGGACUCCAGACAGAGCUUGUCCAUGAUGGGUCCUCCAGGAUACCCCCACAUGCCCCCCAUGAACAGCGCAGGACCCACGAUGACAGGACACCACGCACAGAUGAACCAGCAGCACAUGAUACCUACCAGAAACUUCCAGAUGCAUCGUAUGCCAGCUGACGACAUCCAGGACGACUUUGAUUGGGACUCCAUUGUCUAGCCCCUAGACCUCCUUUUUUUUUUGCAAAGAAUGGGGAGCAAGGAGAGGAGGAGGAGGCUGGAGGAAGAAGCCAGGCUGAGCUGAAAGGCCGCAGCAGGAGGAGGAGGAGAAAGAGGCCGUUGUGGGUGGGAUGCAGAACAUUUGAUACGCUUUGGAGAAAGACAGACUUCAGAGUCCUGACAUUUUUACAAAAGCAAAACAUACAUAGAAAAUGUUAAACUUUGAAGACAAUCAUAUAUAGUCGGACAUGUCAAUGUGAUUGCAUACAUACUUGUCUAGAGGCAAGUAGAACACAUUCACGUCCAAACCACAUGCUCCUCAGCUCCUCAGCCAGCCCUCUCCCCGUCCCCAGCCAACAGCCUUCCAAAGUCUGAACCCCUCCCCCCCGACUGACCCCCUGCUCCGUAACUGUUAUGUGAUUUGAGCGACGUGUUCAGCUUGUAAUUCUUCUCGUGUUGACAUUGGCCUCAGCUGUCUCUUGGAUGAGUUUAUCUCUCUUUUUUAGAUUUUCUUUUUGUUUUGCUUUGUUUUGUUUUUUAAAUUUGUUUUGAGGAAACACAGGCCGUCUGAGUAAUGUAAAAGUGCUUGUUGGUCACUUUUUUGGGAGAAAGAGGAAGCCCCACUGUGGCUGAAUCGGUGGUGAAAGUCAGGUUUACAAUAACUGAGGUUUUGUACAGGGUGUUAAAUGUUUAAGGCUUGAUAUUAAACAAACCAAGGGAGAGAGAUAGUGACAGAGAGAGAGAUCACAGAGAGCGUUGUGAUCUGUUUUCACAACCAACCAAUGUGAUCAGGCUCACUGCAGCAGACAGGUAAUGGGAUUACAUUUUCUAAGUUUUCUGUGUCUCAAGAUGAGUGAACAUGGUGAGUGUGAGUCGAUUGUGAUGCCAGGGAAGUCAGACAUUUUGUCUUUUUUUAAAACUUCAUUGAACUCAAAGGAAGUGGAUGAUAAGUUUCUCUUUGUGCAUUGUGCACGCUUAUGUUUGCUCCACCAAUCAGAAGCUGUCAUAACAUUAAAGUUUUAAUGGUUAAAAUGUUCAGUUUUACACAAGAAACCAAUUGAUCAUCAAACAAGCCAGCAUCAGUCAAUAACCAUUCAAAUGAGUCCAACCGACAUUUGGACCGACAACUUACAUCCGGUCUCAGUUUCUCGCAGAUCGAUCAGUAUCGGCAUAUAUGUCAGCCAAUAAGUGAGAAUAAAAAAAUACUUGGCACAAAAAUACCAAAAAUAUGUUAUCAUCUACUCCGCAAAUAUGAUCAUAAUUCUUGAAUGAAAGACGGACUAGAUUGAUUGGUGGAUUUUGUUAAACCAUGUUAAGCUGCCCAUCCUCUGCCUGUAGCUCUGUAUACACUGAAUCUUCUCAUCUUAAUUUUCCAAUAAAAGUCAUUAAUCAUAUUUCCCCCCAAAAAGUUUAAAACAUCCAUUUGUAUCGAAAUCCAAUUAUACUAAAUUAUCAAAACAGAAUAAGAUCAGGUUGGCAAUUUUUAGAGUAAUUGUUUUAAGCUUCACUGACUUGAAACAAUUAAGAGACAAAAAACAAAACAAUAGAAAGCUCACUUAAGCUCUUGUGGAAAACUAAUGAUCAGAUGUAGAACUCGACUUUGAUUUUCAUCCAUAGUCACAUUGUGUACAUCAAAAAGAGUUUGAUGCUACCUUCAGUGUUAUUUGUCACUUCUGACAUUUGAGUUAUGGAUUUGAGUCCUUUUUUUUAAACUCAUUUGAGUUUGCUAUUAUACAAUCAUAACAGAAUGAGAAAUGUGAUUCAUACAGUACAUGCAGUGUGUGUGCGCGUGUGUGUCAGUGUGUGUGUGUGUGAGCGUUUUAGUUUUAUUGUAAAGUUAGGGCUAUGAUGCAAUCAUCUCUGUACUAUCUAUGAGCACAAAAGCAGAUGCACACAGUGAUUUAAAGACUAGAUUAGAGAUUUUGUGUUUGAAUGAGAGAGGGUUUCUCAAGCACAGAACAGGGAGAUCAGUGGUUGUGGAAACUUUUCCUCUGUGUCCUGUAACAAGUGACUCGUCAAUCAGCCCGGAGCUGAACGUCAGAGACACAAUGUUAGGAAACAAAAAGCCCUUUGCACACUCUUUCUUUUUGUUGACCUUAACCGUUUUCAAAGAUGCAAAGCACCUCCUGGUUGUAGAAGCAAUUCACUCCCACAGUGAGACUAUCUGACCCCUAGUGGCAAAUAUGGGGCAUUGUCUAGACUUGAUGAUGAGAAACUGCUGAGCUGUGUGUGUGGUGCUUUGCAUCUGUAACACUGUGUGUCCCUGUUUGAAGAAGUAAUUAAAUGCUUUCACCACUCACAUGUAAAUAUGAAGCUACAGAAAGGAGACGGUUAGUGUCAGUGAAUUUGUUACGUUUACACCUUUUUAUACCUUUUUAAUAUUGUGUAUGAGUUAUAUAAUGCCCAACACAAAACAUCAAUCAUUGAAUCUAAAGUAUUCCUGCAGAGGCCUUCACACCUCUCAGGUCAGCUGUCUGUGAAGCAGGGUUUUGGUCAGACAUAGUAAAAGUCCUACACGAUAUUAAAGGUAUUAAAAGGUCCGUAUCAGGGUUUAUUGCCAAGUAGGUUUGCACAUACAUUGAAUUUGCUGUAGUUUGUAUGUGCAUAAGCAAAAAUCUAACCCAAGGGAACAGUAUAGAAUCUGUGUAAUAUGAACGGUGGAUAUGUACAAUUUGAGGUACAUAUAGAGGGAAGUUUAAGUUUCACAGUCAAGGUGUAAAGGCAACAAAUUCACUAAGCUUAGAACAAAUGAAUGCUAGGCUAAGCUCAGCUACCCAUCAUCAGUCUGUAGCUUCAUAUUUGCAGUACAGACAUGAGUGUGUUAUCAGUAAGAAAGAAGGCAAAUGAGAUUAUUUCCCAAAAACCUUGACCUUGAGACAAUUCAUCUACCAGGACUCUCGUAGGGACUGUUGUUUUAAUAUCUGGAAGACAAUCAUGGAUUUUUUUU